CUCUCUCUCUCUCUUUAUAUUUUGUUACACUUACAUAAACAUAAACAUAAAAAGGCAUCUACUUGAUUUUCUUUCUUUUUUAUUCUCUUUCCUUAUAUCAUGUUGCCUCAGUUUGGAUUUAUUGUUGCACAGGCAGGUGCAGACUCACAUCCAACCAUGUCAAACCAAACUACUUCUACAUCAUCUCAUUUGACAAAACCACCAUCUCAUGACCCAUAUUAUUACCGUUCUACGCGUUCACCACCUAGUUCUUUAUUACCACCACCACCACCUCUUCCUUACAUGUAUAAUAACAAUAAUAAUAACAACAACAAUAAUAAUAACAGUGUGAGUUCAUUACCACCACCACCCGACUAUUAUCAACCAGCUAGAUAUCAACCCUCUUCUAUGUAUGAACCCUCUAGUUAUAGACCAUUGCAACCAUUGCCUCCCUUACCCCAACAACAGAAAUGGCAUUCAGAAGAAAGUUAUCAUUGGCAUCCUCCAGUCUAUCCACCACAAGAAUUAAGCCAUCCUCCCCCACCUCCCCCACCUCCACCUGUUCAAGUCAUACAACAGCCUGUAAAUCAAACGACUGGUUCAAAGGUUGCACAAACAGAUGAUUAUGUGUAUGACGAUCCUUCUUCUUCAUUUCAACGAUGGCCAGAAGAAACAAUGAUAGACCAUGAGAAUAAAAUGUUGCGUCGGAUACGAGAAUUCAAAGAUUUGAUGAGUUGGAUGGAUACUGAAUUUUGGGAACAAUGUGACAAUAUUUAUCGAGAGAAAUUGCAGUCUUUACAAGAAGAAAUUCGAGCUAUUCAGUUAGGCACACAUUCAACAUUUAAAGAGACAUUGGCGGACAUGGAAUUACGUCGAGAACAAACAAUUCAAGAUGCAGUCUAUUAUAGGAAUUAUGAAUUAUCUCUAUCCAAAUAUCAAUUCGAUCAAGAAAUCAGUCUAUUACAAGAUGAAUAUGAAAAUGAAAGACAUCAUUUACAUGAUAUGGUAUUACAAGCUAUUGAAGAAAGAAAGAAACAAGUCAGAGAAGAUAAAGAGAUAGAGACUGAAUUUGAAGUCAAAGAUCUGUUUAAAGAUGCUUAUGCCCGUGUUCAUAACAAGCGACAUUUAAGAAAAAGAGCAGGUUUAGAUAGACAUCAGAAUGCAUCUCCUUCUCGUCAAGAUAGAAGAAGAAGAGCGGAUCGACAAGCAACACCCCAUAAUAUUCAUGCUGCACCUUCUGUAUUAGAAGAAGAAGAAUUAGAGAUUGAUUUCAUGAGUAUGAAGGGUAUGCAUAUGUCAUCAAGAAGACAUCCACAACCACAACCACAGAUAUCAAGAAGACAAUAGAAUUCUUUUUUGAAAAUAAAUUCCGAAAU